ACAGACCAGAGAUGCAAGCUCUCAUCCUCCUCUGUGCUCCCAGGAAGGUCGAACUCCUCUCUAACUCUGCUCUUCUUCCCUAGGGGCUUCUUCCACGGACUCAGAGGGCGAGAGGGACAUGUUCAAGUCGCAUGCUGGAACCAUGCCUCAAGCCCAGAAGAAGACCACGUCAGUGUCCCUGACAAUAGGAUCCCCUCACUCGAAGGGAGCAGCAGGUUCCAAUGAAGUGCAGCAAGUCCGUUCCACGCUGGUUCAAUCCAUCUCCAUCCCAGCCCCACAGGUGCAGAGUCCGACGGCGUGCCUGCAGAUCCAAGAUGGAGUCUCCCCACCUGUGUUUACAAAGGUGCUGCAAGACAUCACUGCUUCUGAAGGUCAGGUCGUCGUCCUGGAAUGCCGAGUUAAAGGCACACCUCCUGUCAAAGUGCACUGGCUGAGACAAGGAACAGAGAUUGAAGAUUCUCCAGACUUCCGAAUCCUUCAAAAAAAGCCUCGAACAGCCACGGAGCCUGAAGAAGAAAUCUGCACUCUGGUGAUUGCCGAAACCUUUGCGGAAGAUGCCGGAACGUUUACUUGCAGAGUUACCAACUCCUGUGGCACCGUGUCUUGUAGUGCCCAACUCACACUCAGAUCAGGAGAUGAAGGUGUUCCAAAUAAUGGGAAUGGUUUAGUGGAUAAUCUUAUGCCAUCGCCUCAGAAUGAAAUCAGUUCAUUGGAAUUGCCUCCUAAGAGGACUGUUGACCCAGUCCAGGUGAAGAGCCUUGAGACCAAGCCCAGUUUAGCCGCCUUCGAACUGCAGCUCAGUCCUGCCGAGAAGUUACCCAAUGGUAGUUCUGCGAGCCAAGAGAUCAAUGGACCAAGCCAAAGGCAAUGCCCACAACCUGCAGCCGCACCGCCAUCCCCGGCAAAGGAACCACCGCCUGUAGCUGCCAAACCCAGGCUGGACCCCUUGAAACUGCAGCAGCUGCAGAACCAGGUUUUGGCGGAUCUGCAAGGCGGAGGUGGUUGGCCCAGUCAGCAGGCGUUCUGUUUCCCCCAGUGCUCGCCGCCCUCGAACCAGCUCACCCCUGCCCCCAUGAGUGUGCUAAACCCCCACACUCCCGCAGCCAUGCAACAGACAACCAGCUUCAAUUACGCCCGCCCCAAGCAGUUCAUCGCCGCCCAAAGCCUUCCAUCUUCCGCCGGCUACCUGUCUCCUUCCUCUGGCUCAUCAGGGUCUAACCUCUCCUCCCCCCUCUCCCCCCCAACCCUGCACAAGCCCUUUAACCGGGUCACCUUACCUCAGCCCUGCCUGUCUGACUCCGACCAGCGCUACCUCACCUCCCCUUCCACGCUGAGCCCCUCCUCCUCCUCGCCUCCCCUCCCUCCUCCGCCGCCAGUUCUCACCCCUCCUGCUUUCUUCCCUCAGGACCCUUUCCCUCUGCCGCCCCCGCCCCCACCUCUCCUCGCUUCCCCCUCCCAGCUUCCUUGCCCGCCCCCCUCAGCGGGGAGGGCCUCCCCUCACUCUGGCCAAUCGCCCAGUGCCUUCCUCAGCUCCGUGUUGCCAUCACAAGCCAUUGUGUCACCCGUCAAUGCAUUGGGUCUUCCGAAGGGAGCCAUCGCCAUAACCCCGCAGAGUCUAAAGAGAAACAGCCGAACCUCUCGCCUGGCAACAGAUGAGGAAAUUCAGGGAACAAAGGACGCAGUCAUUCAGGAUUUGGAAAGGAAGCUACGGUUUAAGGAUGACCGCUUGAGCAAUGGCCAGAGAUUGACCUAUGAGGAAAAGAUGGCCCGCAGACUCCUGGGAGCAGACAAUGCCGCCACUGUCUUCAAUUUCCAGGAAGCAGAGGAUGACCCCGUGGUCCAGGAGUACAAGGUCUCCAGCUUUGAACAAAGGCUGAUCAAUGAGAUAGAGUUUCGCCUGGAGCGGUCCCCGGUGGACGAAUCUGAUGACGAGGUCCAACAUGAUGAGCAACCUGACCAUGGCACAGCCCCACUCUUCGAGAGGAAGCUGAAACACAUCAAGCUGUUCGAAGGGACGCCAGUAACGUUCACUUGCAAAGUGGCCGGAGAUCCCCUGCCAAAGGUCUACUGGUUCAAAGAUGGCAAACAAAUUUCCAAGCGCAGUGAGCAUUACCAGAUGAGGCGAGAGGCAGAUGGAACUUGUACCCUCCACACUGAAACUGCGACACUAGAUGAUGAUGGGAAUUAUACCAUCAUGGUAGCCAACCCACUGGGUAGGACCAGCUGCACAGGCAGACUAAUGGUCCAAACUAUAAGCCAGAGAGGACGCUCACCCCGCUCUCCAGCCGGACAGUCACCUGGGCGAAGGCCUCGGUCCAGGUCCCGGGACAGUGGAGAGGAAACUGAAGCUAUCCAGCAGCGCUUCUUCCGACCUCACUUCCUGCAAGCGCCAGGAGACAUGAUUGUCCAGGAGGGGAAGCUGUGUCGAAUGGACUGCAAGGUCAGUGGCCUGCCCACCCCAGACCUCAUCUGGCAACUGAAUGGAAAGCAGAUCCGAUCAGACAGCAGCCACAAGAUGCUCGUCCGUGAGAAUGGAGUUCACUCCCUGGUCAUUGAGCCUGCUACUGCUAGGGAUGCUGGGAUGUAUACAUGCAUUGCCACAAACCGAGCUGGACAGAACUCUUUCAGUCUCGAGCUAAUUGUCGCAGCUAAAGAGAUGGUCAGAGCCCCAGCAUUCAUCGAGAAGCUGCAGAACACUGGGGUGGCCGAGGGCUAUCCGAUACGGUUAGAAUGUCGUGUCUCGGGUGUGCCAUAUCCGCAGAUCUUCUGGAAAAAGGACAACGAGUCCCUCACCCAGAACACAGAGAGAGUAAGCAUGCACCAUGAUAACAAAGGUUACAUCUGCCUGCUCAUUCAACCAACCACGAAGGAGGAUGCUGCCUGGUAUACUGUAUCAGCUAAAAAUGAAGCCGGAAUAAUAUCCUGUACAGCCAAGCUGGAUAUUUACUCCCCUCAGUGGCACCAAACCCCCAGCUCCAAACCAAAGAAGGUGCGGCCUUCCGCCAGUCGCUACGCUGCACUGACCGACCAAGGACUCGACAUCAAGUCGGCAUUCCUGCCUGAGGCGAACCCCACCCAUCUUGGCCCCCAGUCUGACCUGGUGGAGAGCGACGACCUGUAGCUAAACCCUCAGUGGGAGAGAGAGCAAUGCGGAGGUUUCAGGGUUUCAGGCAGAUGGGGGAGAAAACUGCCUCACGUCAGGAGCAAGUACAUCCAGACCAUCAGGGCCACCAAGUCCAUACACACUGAAAGCUUAUCCAAACAUAUAUAUAUAAAAUAUAUAUAUAUAUACACAUACUUUUUUUUUAAUGUGCAACAAUACAAGAACCUUAAGCAUGAGAUAAGAUGAAGAGAUUUUGAACUGAAAACAGGGAGGAGGCAUUGGUAUUCAAGCGAGCAUUGGAUAGAAUUGGAUUUGACACAUGCACAUAUUCUGAUAUCCAUGUGCCACCUUGCAUGGCCGGAUUAUAAAGUAGGUAUUCUGCUACACAAUGGCUACCAUUUAUUAUAAACCAUUAUAUACACAUUGUUAAAGAAUAUAUAUUCUGGAAAAUCAGCAUCACCUAAGUGCCUGAGCUGAAACUGUAUGAUUCAGGUUGCCUUCAGACUUGAGAGCAUGAUGUAUUCUGUUUGUGAUAAUGUUCUGUGGGAAGG